AUGUCUGAACAGGCCGACGCCUUCACACAUGAGCGAUGUGAUUGGUGUGCCCGACCCAUCGAACUACGACCCGAUAACUGUCCUGGUUGUGACGAUCGAUUGACCCGCCAGUCAGGAAUUCCCACCCCAGGUCCUCCAAGAUACCUACGGGUGGAGCCGAAUGAACUGGACUCAAGUGUAGAUGUUUCCUGGGAAUCUGGCUACGGCUGCGCCGCCUCUGUUUUUCUGGUUCAACUGCGCAGACCGGACGGUUCUAUAGAAGCAAACCUCAAUACCACUCAGUACCGUAUUACGAUAAGCAAUGUUCCAAAGUGUACAAAAUUUUUCGCUACUGUGCUUGGACAAAACGACAAAGGAUCGGGUUCACAAAGACAAAGUAAUCUCUUCACAAUACCGGCAGUUAUCCCUGGUCCCAAUAAUGUUCAAGUUGAGACGAUCGAGAAUACUUCCAGCGUUCGUGUUUCCUGGAAAAACGAGAAUUUAUGUCCCUCGUCAGAAUUUGUGGUCACCGUGCUGGAACAGGGUGGCAGGGUUGUGUACACCGAAUAUUCAAAUGUUCAAAAGACUGUUCUUCGUGGAUUGCCAGCAUGCGUCUCUUUACAGAUCAAGAUAGCAGUACAUGACGGCUCGGAAGAUAGUCAGCAGGCGCUCAGCAAAGCAUUUUAUCUAUUAGCAGCCCCGAAUCGUCCCAGGAUGCCUCGUGUGACUACCGAGGAUAAUGAGCCGACUGCUAAUAUCACUUGGGAGGAUGGCGGAGGCUGCAUCGCCACCGCGUAUGACGUGUCGGUAAAAACAACAAACGGGACAAUGGUGACGUUUUUAAAUACAAGCAGUCGUAGCGUCACAUUAACCGACAUCCCAAUGUGUGCAUCAUUGUAUGCCACUGUGGUUGCGCGAAACGAAUAUGGAUCAAGCAGUGCAAUCACUAGCAUGCAUUUCACCAUACAAACAGUUCCAGGUGAACCUCAGGAUGUCAGGAUAAACGUACUCACAAAUAUUUCUGGUGUGACGGUCACCUGGGCUUAUAGCGACGAUUGUGGUUCGCCCGAAUUUUCCGUGUCCGUAUACACACAAGACGGUGGAACGUUCAAACAAGUGAAAACCAAUGAAAAUAGUGCGGAAAUUUCCGGCCUACCCAAAUGUGAGCCGCUAACUGUCGGCGUGAUGGCCAGCAAUUCUCUUGGCAGUGGUCCUGAGACAAAGAGUGCACUUUUCAAAAUACAGGAU